GAUAACACACAUCAAUACUACAUCUAAAACAUAUUAAUCUUUAACAUUAUCGCUUUAUCUUUGAAGAGUUGACUUCAAUUACUUCGAUGGAGUUUGCAUCUUCAUCCUUCUUAACAUCAGAACCCCAUUUCAUACACGAUGUGUUCAUCAACUUUGGUGGAGAAGACAUCGGUAGAAGGUUUGUUUCUCAUCUCCACUCUGUCCUUUUACAAGCUCAAGUCAAAACUUUUAUUAGCCAGGAGAAUCUGCAACAAGGAAUGAAGGUGGAAGAGCAUAUUCGAGCAAUAGGAGGCACUAAGAUUACAAUAAUUGUUUUCUCCAAAUCAUACGCUGAAUCUACCUGCUGUCUUCUUGAGCUUGAAAAAAUCAUUGAAUGUCACCAAACAUUUGGCCAAAUAGUUCUGCCCGUAUUUUACGAGAUUGACCCAUUGGAUGUACGUCAUCAGAAGGAUGAUUUUGGAAAAGCGUUGGAAGAAGCUGCACACAAAAUCUAUUCAGCAGAACAAGUGGAACAUGCGUUGUCCAGCUGGAGCCAUGCGCUCACCACAACUGCAGGUAUGACUGGUUGGGAUAUCAGAGAUUUCAGGGGACAGAAGCUCAUUCUUUCAAGGAAAUGCAUAGACUAAUACUGCUAAGCCUUGAUAAUGUACAAAUUAGUGGAGAUUAUGGGCACAUUUCUAAACAACUGAGAUGGAUUUGUUGGCUAGGGUUUCCUUAUACAUACAUUCCAAAGAACUUUCAUUUGGAAAAUGUAAUUGCAAUUGAUUUCAAGCAUAGUCAUCUCCAUCUCGUCUGGCAACAACGCGUGGUUUUAGAGCGGUUAAAAUUCCUUAAUCUUAGUCACUCCAAGUUCUUGAGAGAAACACUUUUGACUUUUCAGGACUACCAAGUCUUGAACAACUUAUUUUAAAAGAUUGUCCAAAUUUACGCAGGGUACACCAAUCCAUUGCUGAUCUUUCCAGCAUACGAGUGAUAAAUUUGAAGGAUUGCACAAGUCUAAGCUAUCUUCCAAGAAAGGUAUAUAAGUUGACAUCUUUAAAAACUCUCAUCCUAUCUGGUUGUUCGAAGCUUAGGCCAUUAGAAAAAAUAUAAUGCAGGUGGAAUCCUUUUUAACUAUAAUUGCUCAGAAUAGAACACUGAAACAAACAUCCUUUUAAAUUGUAAGCUCAAAAAUUAGCAGAUAUA